GGCCGCGCGCUGCCACCCGGAACAGUUCUCGGCCCAGGCCCCUCCCGGCCGCAGCACCAACAUGGUGCAGGCCUGGUACAUGGAUGAGGGGGCUGUGCACCCCCGGAAGCCCCACCAGUGCGAGCCCCCCCGGCCCGUCGGCCUGGAGCAGCUGCGCCGCCUCGGCGUCCUCCACUGGAAAUUGGAUGCUGACAACUAUGAGACUGACCCAGAGCUAGCAAGGAUUCGGAGAGAGAGGAACUAUUCGUGGAUGGAUAUAAUAACUAUAGAUAAAGAUAAACUCCCAAAUUAUGAAGACAAGAUAAAAAUAUUUUAUGAAGAACAUUUACACCUGGAUGAACAUCACUGCAUCCUUAAAAGAAGUGGCAACUCUGAUGUUUGAGACAAAGAUGACAAGUGGAUUGGGAUUUUCAUGGAAAAGGGAGACAUAACUCUUCCUGCCAGCAUAUAUCACCGAUUUAUACUGGAUGAAAAUAACUAUGUCAAGGCAAUGGGAUUGUUUGUUGGAGAACCUAUCUGGACACCAUACAACCGGCCAGCUGACCACUUCCCUGCUUGAAGACAGUACCUGCAGUUUUUGUCACAGGUAGUGCAGUAAUGCGCUCUGGGGUGUAGUACGAGGAAAACCAUGGAACCUGAGCAGAAUGUAGACAGUGAAUCGUUCACUGUAGGAUGUGCUCUGCUUCCAUUUUCCAAAUGCUCUAAUGCUUAUUUUGGGAUGAUGGGCUGGGAGUAGUGGAUAACCCUUAAUGUUCAUUGAAUUAUGAAUAGCUGCUAGUGAACU